CAGAACCUCGCACGCCAUGGUAUACAUAACGAGCAACGCCACCGCAGAAGAAGUCCGAACCCUAGCUGAGCACCGCAAGCCGCAAUGGGCUAGAUUCCUCAUUAUCACUCGAGAGAGAGCAAGACCACUUGUGCAAGCCUACCCAGGUCUGACGUGGCCACACGUGCCAGCCGAUAAGCAAAUUGAAUUCCAAGACGAGGUCAACAAGUUGUUGAAGGAGGAGAGAAUUCCGGAGGUGGACGCGGACAUUAUGAGGUGGCGCAUGGCAGGGUGCUUCCGGGAUCUACAGCGACAGGCUAAACCGGCUUUAUCUGUUUCUCAGAACACCCCGGGAAGUGCGUCUGCUGUGCAACAAGAACAGUCUCGGCCGUAUGACCCAGUCAGAGAUGUGUAAGGCGACAUAGAG